AUCUUUUAGCUAAAGGAACCAUUUGCCUUCACUUUAGCUUUUGAAUACUGGCUCAUUUGCUGAUACUACGGAAUUGCACUGACUUAUUAACCGAAGAACCGAAUGUUCUUCUGCAUUAUCAACCGAUGCAAUAUAUUUGUAUAUUUGUGAUUAAAAAAUGAAUGAUGGAAUGAAUUGGUAGUUCAACUAUUUUACGUAAUGAAGAACCCCCCUUAAUUUGGCUUUGAUGUACGAACAGUCUGAAGGUGAUUGCUGUUGAUGAAAAUCUGAACGUGAUUCACCAGGACAAUGUACAAUUUGACAGUGAACUCUCAGAAUACAGAACUCAGGGUGGGGUGCACAUCCAGAGUGACAGACUCACUGUUACCUCUCCAGUGCUGAUGUGGGUGAAGGCCCUUGACCGCAUUCUUGAGAAGAUGAAAAAUGAUGGGUUUGAUUUCUCUUGUGUAAAAGCUCUAUCAGGAAGUGGCCAGCAACAUGGUAGUGUGUACUGGAAGACGGGGGCCAGUCAAGUUCUUAAAAAUCUUGAUCCAGAAAAGCAUUUGCAUGAACUCCUGCUGGGGUGUUUCGCGAUGCCAGAUAGUCCGGUCUGGAUGGACUCCAGCACCACAGAGCAGUGUCACAACCUGGAGAUGGCCGUGGGCGGAGCCCAAAGACUGGCAGACAUUACUGGGUCACGUGCCUAUGAGCGAUUUACUGGGAAUCAGAUUGCCAAGAUUUGCAAAACAAAACCAGACCAGUACCAUCAAACUGAGAGGAUCUCGCUGGUGAGCAGUUUUGCCUCCUCUCUUUUUCUGGGCAACUAUGCUGAUAUCGAUUAUAGCGAUGGAUCAGGGAUGAAUUUGAUGGACAUCUUCACCAAACAAUGGGCACAGCUGUGUCUGAGUGCCAGUGCCCCUCAGCUGGCAGAAAAGCUUGGCAGCCCAGUACCUUCCACAGCAGUUCUGGGUCCGGUCUCCGCCUACUUUAUCAGCCGCUAUGGAUUCCCAGUAGACUGCAAAGUAGUGGCUUUCACAGGGGACAAUCCAGGUUCUCUUGCAGGGAUGAGACUGCAGGAAGGAGACAUAGCAGUGAGUCUUGGCACCAGUGAUACAGUCUUCCUCUGGAUCAAGGACCCCAAACCUACUGUGGAAGGACACAUCUUCUGCAAUCCUGUUGACUGCCAGGCCUUCAUGGCUUUAAUAUGCUUCAAGAAUGGCUCCCUAACUAGAGAGAGAAUCCGGAAUGAGUGUGCUGGAGGCUCAUGGGAGGUUUUUUCCAAGGCCCUGAGGUCCGUUCCCAUGGGAAACAAUGGGAACAUGGGCAUCUAUUUUGAUACGAUGGAAAUCACACCACCUACUGCUGGGGUUCACAGAUUUAAUGAAGAGAACACUAAGGUAGCAGGAUUUUCAGAGGAGGUUGAAAUCCGAGCAUUAGUCGAGGGACAGUUCCUGGCAAAGAGGGUCCAUGCUGAAAAGCUGGGGUAUAAAAUCAUUCCUGGAACAAGAGUGCUUGCGACAGGAGGAGCCUCCUCAAACAAAGAUAUUCUACAGGUCCUGUCUGAUGUGUUCAGUGCUCCUGUGUACACAAUCGACACAGCCAACUCUGCCUGUUUAGGCUGUGCCUACAGAGCCAUGCAUGGAACUGUGGCUGGAAGAGGAGUGAGUUUUUCUGAGGCAGUCAGCAAAGCCCCAGAACCAAAGCUUGCUGUGACACCAACCCCAGGAGCAGAAAAGAUUUUUGAACCACUGUUGAAGAGAUACGCAGAACUGGAAGAGAGAGUGUACAAGGAAUCACAACAUUAAGGAUUAUUACCCUCUUCUUUUAGGGAACAAUAAUGAAAUUACUUUGCUAAUGGAAAAAUGAUAGCAUGGCCUUAAAGGUGAAGCAUGUAGCAUUAAUGCUUCCAGUUAAUCCCUGUAAGUAUAAUACUUUUGUUAUGAAAAUAAUUGUAGCAUGAUAAUAUACUGUUCUUGUCGAAGAGAUGCAUUUGAGCAUGUACAUAAGGUCAGGGACAGCAUCAGAUCCCUAUUGGCCAUUUCCAGGAUACAAUUACAGUAUGAUGAUGUAAUGCCACUUUUUAAAUUAAAUCUACUUUGCCACCUCC